UUUAUUGUUCGGAUGUCACCAUAGGAGAGGAAGGGAGGGGUAGCAAGAGAGAGGUCUAGCCCAGCUCGCCUGCAGGAAGACCUGGCUUGGGCUACUGUGGGCAGGGACCCCCACCAUGCUGAGCUGAAUGGAGCCGGCCAGCUGAGGCCUGACUUUUUCAAUAAAACAUUGUGUACUUCUGGGCCUCCUGCUGCCCUGGCUCUGUCUCCCUUGGCGGCAAGGGAAGAAGGCGGAACUGAACCCAGGCCCAGAGCCGGCUCCCGCAGCUGUGCCCUUUCCGGCAAUCUCUGGCCACCCCCAUGAGCCAGGCUGUCCCUCCCACUGGCCCUGGGGCCCCUCCUCCCCCCCUGCAGCAGAUAAGCCGGCCCAGGACAGCUUAGUCUGGCAGCAGGCGCUAGGGCUGGGAUGGGGCCGCCUGGCUCCCUGUGGCAGUGGGGGCUGCUGGUGGGGCUGCUGCUGCCCCCGGCCGCCCCGUUCUGGCUCCUCAAUGUGCUCUUCCCCCCGCACACCACGCCCAAGGCUGAGCUCAAUAACCACACACGGCCCGUCAUUCUCGUGCCUGGCUGCCUGGGGAAUCAGCUAGAAGCCAAGCUGGAUAAACCGGAUGUGGUGAACUGGAUGUGCUACCGCAAGACUGAAGACUUCUUCACCAUCUGGCUGGAUCUCAACAUGUUUCUGCCCCUCGGAGUGGACUGCUGGAUAGACAACACCAGGGUUGUCUACAACCGAAGCUCUGGGCUCCUGUCCAAUGCCCCUGGUGUGCAGAUCCGCGUCCCCGGCUUUGGCAAGACCUACUCUGUUGAGUACCUGGACACCAGCAAACUGGCAGGUUACAUGCACACGCUGGUGCAGAAUCUAGUCAACAACGGCUACGUGCGGGACGAGACCGUGCGGGCCGCCCCCUAUGACUGGCGGCUGGAGCCCAGUCAGCAGGAGGAAUACUACCGGAAGCUGGCCGGGCUGGUGGAGGAGAUGCACACUGCUUACGGGAAGCCCGUUUUCCUCAUCGGGCACAGCCUUGGCUGCAUGCACUUGCUCUACUUCCUGCUGCAACAGCCCCAGUCCUGGAAGGACCGCUUUAUCGAUGGCUUCAUCUCUCUUGGGGCUCCCUGGGGUGGCUCCAUCAAGCCCAUGCUGGUCUUGGCCUCAGGUGACAACCAGGGCAUCCCGAUCAUGUCCAGCAUCAAGCUGAGAGAGGAGCAGCGCAUAACGACGACUUCCCCGUGGAUGUUUCCCUCUCCCAUGGCCUGGCCUGAGGACCACGUGUUCAUUUCCACACCCAGCUUCAACUACACAGGCCGUGAUUUCCAGCGCUUCUUUGCAGACCUGCGCUUUGAGGAAGGCUGGUACAUGUGGCUACAGACACGUGACCUGCUGAAAGGACUCCCAGCCCCUGGCGUGGAAGUAUACUGUCUUUACGGCGUGGGCCUGCCCACGCCCCACACCUACAUCUAUGACCAUGACUUCCCUUACACGGACCCUGUGGGUGUUCUCUAUGAGGAUGGUGAUGACACAGUGGCCACACGCAGCUCUGAGCUCUGUGGCCGCUGGCAGGGCCUCCAGCCACAGCCUGUGCACCUGCUGCCCCUGCACGGGCUACAGCACCUCAACAUGGUCUUCAGCAACCAGACGCUGGAGCACAUCAAUUCCAUCCUGCUGGGUGCCUACCGCCGCGGUUCCCCUGAAUCCCCCAGUGCCAGCCCAGAGCCCUUGCCCCCUGAAUAAAGACCUGCCUUUGCUGCUAUAA